AUGAGUUCAGUGGAAGCUAGUCCCGAGAAUGAGACUGCGUUUGAGCAAAAACCAUUGAUAAAAUCACUCCAAGACUUGAAUAUAGUCGAGUCGUGGAACGAUGGAAAGCUGAAAUCCACUACCUUCUACCAUGUCACCGAAAACGAGGAGGUUUUCUUCGGCUACACCUCCAAGAACAAGCGCGAAACGAGCAUCGCAGAAUACAAUUCAGCUCUGCAACGUGUCCAGGAUCAAGAUAUAUACCCAGUGAUUCCCGCCGACACCCACUUGACACUUGCACUGGAAGGACUGCCCGCUUCGUCAGUGUACAUGAAACGACCAGGCCUACAGUGGUACGAGGAAAUGAUUGGCACAAAUUAUCUCCCCAAGGCCGUUCUUGACGAGACAAUCGUCAUGGAGCAAAUCUCACAAUCGCCUCACGAGAACAUAAUUCGAUAUCACGGCUGUCGGGUGAGACGCGGUUACAUAACGUCGAUCAUGCUAGAGCGGCUUGACCAAACCCUGAGCCAGUAUGUCUCGACGUCUGAUUUUCAACAGCUCGACAAGAUCUAG